AUGUCUAAUUAUAUGGAAUACGGAGUAAAGCUUACAGAUGGCCAAAAGACAAAACUGGCUUCCGCAAUAAUAAAUCAGUCACCUUUGACUCUUCGGUUAAAACAUUCGCAUCUUAGAGGACAUGAUGAGUUAAUGUUGACAAAAAGACAGAUUGCCAAAAUAAAUAAAUCUAUUGCAAAUGGCACACGAUCAGAUAUAAAGAUAAGUAAAACUCAAAUUAGAAAAUCUGUAAAACAUGGAGGAAACUUAUUUACAUCACUUGCUUCUAUUGGAGCAAAAGUUCUUCCUUACGCUAUAAAAGGAUUAAGUAAAGCUGUUCCCGCAUUAGCUACAGGAGCUGCCACUGCACUUGGUGAACUUGGUAUAAAUAAAAUAUUUGGAAAAGGACAAAGAGGAGGAGCAAUGGAUUUAGCCAGCCUAUAUGAAAUAGCGAGAAAAGGAAUACCAAUUCCAGCAGCUGCAUUAACUUUGCUUCCAAGUAUAAGUAAUGCUUUUAACAAAUCACAGUUGAACCAAAUUAGCAGAGCUAUGCAAACGGGUAGAGGAUUUACUAUAAAACCAACUAGAAAACAAAUAGAAGGAGGAUUUUUAGGUACUCUUGCUUCUAUUGGGAUACCAAUAGCAGUUAGUUUAGUAUCUAAGAUGCUUGGUGGGGGGCUUCAGGUUGAUAGACGAGGGUCAUCUAAUACAGCAAAUGUUUACGUGCCACACACACAUGGAGAAGGUUAUCCGUAUCAACCUCCUCCCUUUAUUGGCACAUGGGGAAACCCCAUAGGAAUGGGGGCUCCGAGUAAAAAAAAAAAGACCAAGACCAAAGGAAAAGGGCUACUACUAGGAAAAAACAGCCCAUUCAACUCAAUUCCAAUAAUAGGCUCCAUUUUAUAAUAGGGGGAGUGCCUCCCCCCAAAACCCCCCUGCCCUUUGUGAUUAAACCUCUAUCAAACUUUGACCUUAUGGAAUGGAUAAAAAGACUUGGUAUUAAACAUUUCAGAGGAAUAUAUAGUCGUGAUGGUUUACCAAAAAAGAUUAGAAAAGAAUGUGGUAUAAUUAAUCUGGAUGAUAUAACAGGGCCAGGAACACACUGGGUUUGUUACCGUAAUAUAGAUGGUUCAUAUGAGUACUUUGAUCCAUUUGGGUUGAUAAUGCCAAAUGAAGUAUUAAAGUAUUUUAAAACAGGUCCUGUAAAACGUAUAGUUUACUCUAUGGACGAAAUACAAAAUAGAAGUACUGUUUUAUGUGGAUAUUGGUGUUUGUAUUAUUUAUUAGAGAGACAAAAGGGUAAUAGUAUUUUAGAUAUAAUACAUAACCCUCAUUUUGACAACGACAACAGUGACUUUAUCAAGUCAUACUUUAUGGGGGGAUUGCGAGCCCCCAAAACACCCCUGCUGCAGGUAAUAUAAAAAUAAUAUUUUAAUAAAUAUUAUUUUUUUAAUCCUACUUUCCUUGCUCUUCAUUCUCCUCUUCAAUUGGAGCAUUCUUCUGUGAUUUAAGACUAUCAACUUUUUUAUUUAAAAUUUUAAAUAUAAUUUCCAUCCAAAAUUUAGCCUCUUUUCUACUUACUUCUGCAUAUAAAGGUUCAUUUUUUUUAAUAUCAUCAAAAAUACUAUUAAUUUCAUUUCGAAUUUCAUUCUCGUAAUCAACUAUUAACUGUUUAUCAAUAUCUUUAACAAACCUGUCUUCCAUUUUUUAAAUAACUAAAACCUUUAACCCAUUUUAAAACACUAUUCAUCUUCCUCGUCUUCGUCUUCCUCUUCAUCUUUCUCUUCAAUAGGAGCGUCAUCCGGUGCAUUCUUUAGCUGUUUAAGUCCAUCAACUUUUCUAUUCAAAAAUUUAACACUUUCAACCACAUCAUCAAAUUCCGCGUAAAUGUCUAUAAGGCGCCUAAGUUUUUUAUUUUUAUCUAAAUUUAACUUCAACCAAGAGUAUUCCCCAUUUUUAAUUUUUUCCCACAUCUCUCUCUCACCAGCCAUAAGAAUUCUAGAAAGAUCGUCAUUUUUUGCUCUUAGAAUCUCAAACUCAUGAUUUAUUUUUGUCCUUAAUUCUUUCUCAAAAUCCUUGAGAGUUUUAACAUUCAUUUUUUUCUUUAUCUCGGUAAAGAAUUUAGCUUCCAUUUCUAUUAUAUAAUUAUACAAACAUAUAAUUUCCUUUUACUAAAUUUUUAAGCGUAUUUGAUUUUUCACUUAUUUCCAUAUUAAGGGAAAACCUACGGUUUUCCCCUAACACCCCUUUCCCUUAAAGAAACAAAUAAUUGUUUCUUAUUAAAUUUUUAAGUGUUUUUGAUUUUUCACUUAAAUCCAUAACAACUUCAAAUACUUUUACAAACUUCUCCCCAUUUGAGAGAUUUGAUAAAUCAACGUAUUCAAAACUAGUAUUUAAAUCAUCAUAAAUUUUCUUCAAUUCUGUUUUAACAAAAUUUGAUCUUGUACUCAUUUAAUAUAUACUAUAGAUAAAAUGAAAGAGUCUUAUUGCAUUGUAGAUAAAAGAGUAACUCCUUGUAUAGAACCAAGUGGUUACCAAAAAGAUAAACGAGGAAGAACUCAAUUCUUCUGUAGAUGUGCUGUAUGUGGAAAUAAAAAAGUUAGAUAUGUAAAGACGGGAAAAUCACAGCUUCCCCCAAACUGGUAAGCCCGUCAGAGAUGGCGGGCGGUAAUUUAUUAGAAGGAUUAAAUCUUGUUAAAAAAGGAAUAAAUGUUGGCCAAACAAUAUCAGAGACUUUAUUUCCCCAAACAAAGCCAAUGUUUAAAGAUUAUUGGUCUGGUGAUAUAGCAAAAGGUGUUGUCAAUAAUGAAGACGGAAUAUUUACGAGUAAUUUCUGGACAGGUGAUACUACAGUAUUUAGAAGUGGAGGUAAAAAGUUUUAUUUCAAAGAAGGAAAUCCCAUAAUGAUAGUCAAAAAAGACGGAAAACAAAUUGGUUAUGCUCAUGUUAGAGACUUUUUUAAAGGUGGGUUAGGUACUAACAAAAUAUACAAAUCUAUAGCGGAUAUCAAAAAAGUAUAUGGCAAUGAUCUAAUGGGUAGGGGAGUUUUUGAUACUGUUGUUGGUACGGCAGUUGAUGGAUUUGUUCAUCACGGUUUACCUUGGAUGGGUAAAAAAGCAUUUGAAAUGGGAAGGUAUUAUGGGUCGGAAGCACUUAGAAACCCUAAAUUACAAAAAAAGGCAAUAAAUUACGCUUUGGACAAAUUAAACCCAAUGAUACAAAACGUGGGUUCUCAAGCUUUAGACCAAUUAUCAACCAAAAUAAGACCAAAGAAAAAAUACAAAACAAACAGAAAAGAUCUCGAUGGUGGGGGUAUAGAUAUCCAUAAACAGAUUGGUAAAUUGCCAAAACCAAAAAAAGGAUGGACUCUGCCAGGACAUAAAUAUACCGGUCCUUAUAAUGAUCUAGAAAACCAAGUAAGAUACGACCCAGUAACUGGAGAAAUAUUAGAAAUUUAUGAUCAACCAACCGGAGCGACUGAUGCUGUGGCUAUGCAACAUGACGUAGAUUAUAGUGUUUGUGGUGAUGAUAGAAAGUGUAAAAAUAAAGCUGAUAGAAAGAUGGUAAAAUCUUUAGAUGCUAUUCCUUGGAAAGAAAGACAA